AUGGCUUACUUCCAUGAUGUUUCGAUUUUGCGCCCUUGUAUUACGGGUUGGCACAUAAGAGUGAAGGUUCUGCGCAUGAUUACUGUUUGCAUAAAUCCUCGGAAUGCUCUCCGUUUGGUUCUGGUGGAUGAUAAGGGUUUUAAGAUCGAUUGUUGGAUUAAUAGUGAAUAUGCGAAACAUUAUGCUGAGUUUUUGAAGGAAGAUCGAUGGUUUUCUUUUACGGCGUUUCGUGUUCUUGAGAACUCUGAUAGGGUCAGGCUUACCAAUCAUCAUUUCAGAAUGUCUGUCUUUGGAACGACUGUCGUUCUUCCCGCCGAUCCACCGUCGACUGAACCCCGUGACUCCUUUACUCAGUUCAGUUCGAUAAUUGACGGAACGGUUGACGAGAGUGUCUUGAUUGAUUUGAUCGGGGUUUUGUCUGAUGUUGGUGAAUUGGUGAAUGUCGGGACAAAUCCAUCAGAUCUCACUGGCUUCAGACUGAGCUUUCGGAUUCGUGGGCCUUGGUUAGUAAAUAGAUAUUUUCUCCCUUUCGGGAAUGCUAUCGAGGGUUUGGUGUCGGGACGCUCAGCGAUGGAGUUCCGAAAGCACUAUGACUUGUGUGUUUCGAAGCCUUUGGUCUGUAUUAUGCGUCUGUGGAAGGUAGACAGAUAUUUCGAUGGACCAAAGAAUGUUAGGAUUGUUAACCAGGGGCUGAUUUCUAAGGUUUUGCCAUAUCCUGAUGUUCCUGAGGCUGCUGAAUUUUGCACUAUGUCGGUAGUCAUUUCCUAUGUUCAUUAUUAUUUUAUUUUUUAUUUUUUUGUUUUUAUAUCUGAUUUUUUGUUUGGCUACUUUGUCUUAGGUCUUAAUGUGUUGGUGAGACAAGUGAUUCGAACUAGGACAUUAACGGUGGAUGCGUAG